AUGUAUUUACCGCGGUCCCUUAUCGCCCUCCUAUAUCAACACCUUCAACGAACACACCACCCGCUCUCCCCGCCAGUUCUCAUCCUCGUCGCCCUUGAGCCCGAUGCAUUAUGCGGCUGCCGAAUUCUUACCCAGCUGCUCAAACGCGACUACAUACCCCAUAAAAUCCAGCCCGUGGCCGGAUAUGGCGACUUGGAGAGAGCAGGCCAGAAGGUCAUUAGGCCUAUGAUGGAGAGCCAAGGAGGAGCCGGGGGAGUGGUUAUAUGUUUGGGGGUCGGUGGUAUGGUGGACCUUGGAAGUUUAUUAGGAGUCGACUCGGAGGAGGACGAGACGACCUAUGGCGGAGUGGAGGUCUGGGUAAUUGAUGCGCGACGGCCGUGGAAUUUGGGGAACGUUUUCGGCGGUAUUCCAAGGUUACCACCAGCCAAGGACGGUUCUGAAAUUAAGGAACCUGGCGUCGAUAGCGGAAAGAUUCAAAGGAAUUAUAAGCCUGGGAAGGGAGGUAUUAUUGUUUUCGACGACGGGGAUAUUGAGGAAGACCUGGAUACUGAAAGAGACGCAUAUUUGGCCUUGGUGGAGAUGCCAGAAGUUGAUGAUAAUGGUGACGAUAGUGAAGGACCCGAAUCAGAGAGUGAUGAUGAUGUCGACGAUGCAGAACCACGGCCUGGCCAGAAGCGGAAGUCUUGGUCAGACCGGGAUCAAGAGGGUGAGAGUAGCGGAGACGACGAUAGGCCACGCCAAAGGCGGAGAAGCAACUCGUCGAGUCCAAUUCCAGAGUCCCCAUCUCGACCCAAACAACGGGGUCUAAUGUCCCUUAGUGGCCCCCCUGGGUUAGGAUCCUCAACAUCUCGCUCCGUCUCACCAACCCCCGCCCAACCCCCAAAAGCUAUCUCAGCACGAACAUUACGCCGACGGCUAUUGAAGCUUCGCAGGAAGCAUGAAGCUGUUCUUCAGGCAUACUACUCGUUAGGCUCAUCAUACUGUGAACCAAUAUCUUCCAUGAUGUACUCCCUGGCGUCAGAAUUGGGUCGAGAAGACAAUGACCUUCUCUGGAUGACGAUCGUUGGAGUUACUUCAAUGGAAUUGUACGGGCGGUCCUCAAUAGGUGUUGCUGUAUCAUCUCGAAAACCGUCGGCAACUAGUUCAGGCUGGCUAGGAACCCGUGGAUCACGAAUACGACAGCUUCUACGUGACGAAGUUCGACGUCUGAACCCCCCCGAACUCUCCGACUCGAGUUUCAAUGCAAAUAGAUUGCCUGAAAACAAUGGUGUAAUCCCAACAACAGCACGGAGCCCUACUGAUACUAGUAUUCGGCUAUCUCCUGAACCCAAAUUUCUGCUCAUCAGACAUUGGAGCUUAUAUGACAGCAUGCUACACUCACCUUACUUGUCUGCGCGAUUACAUAUCUGGUCAGACAGUGGAAGGAAGCGCCUGCAUAAGUUACUUGCGAAGAUGGGGGUCAGUCUUGUCCAAUGUAAACAAAGCUAUACCCAUAUGGAUAUGGAGUUAAAGCGAGGGUUACGGACAAAACUUCUAAAGUACUCUGAUAUGUACGGUCUUGAUGAGUUGGUCCCGUCCGCGGAUACAGAUGGGAGAGACAGAGGCGGAACAAAGGAAGGAUGGGGGUUCGUAAGAAGUUGGGGCUGGCGAGCAACUCUGAGCGCACAAGACGUCGGCAUUAUUGUUGGUGCAAUUCUUGAAGUUGGAAAGCAGGCCGCAACCGCGCUCCAAACAGCAAACUGGGAUCGGGGAAGGGAGGGGAAAGAGAUAACAGAUGAAGCGGGUACUUUGGAGAGCGAGGAAUGGGUGGGACGUUUCUGGGAUGCAUAUGAUGCCCUGGAGAAGAUCGAAGAACUUAAGGCAGCCUUACCCACAGCUCAGCAUCUUCAUCGAGCGAUCCUUCGCACAGGUACUUCCCUAAUCGAGAAACGGCAAAUUCGCCAUCUUCGAGCAUUCCGCAUGUGCGUUGUGAAGGAUGGGCCUGAUGUUGCACUAUUCACCCACCCUGCAGCCCUCACAAAACUAGCUCUAUGGGUUGGCGAAGCCAUCUCAGAACAAGAACGCGAGAGCAAAGGAAAGCUGGGUCACGGUGGACGAGGAACACCCCUAGUUGUUGCCGGCCUAAACGAGAACAGAGGCGUGUACGUCGUUGUAGGCACUGGGGGAGGUGGCGGCGGUAUGGGAUUCGGUGACCCAGUUGCGGCUAAAGAGAGGAAGGAGAAAAGAGAAGCCAAAGCCAAAGCUCGUGAGUUGACGAAGAAAAAUAAGGAGAAGAUCAAGGAGGGGAAGAGAGAAGCCCGAAGGCGAGCCGCUGCAGAUAAUGAGGAAGAUGAAGAGGAUGAAACCGAAUCUGAAGAUUCAGACUCUUCAUCCGAGGAGGAAGAUGAUGAUGAAGAGGAUGAGGCUUCUCAAGCGAAAGGCUUCGGCAGGAAUAAAUUCGGAAAUGCCUUCCAACUAGUGGUGGAGGAGACGAAUGCGCGAGUACGCAUUGAUAGUUUUGAACAUUGCGUUGUAGAAGUCAAGAAAGAGGACCUGGCUGGGUUUCUAGAGAGUCUGAGUAUGAAGGCUGUGGUUGGAUGA